GUCCAGGCCACGUGAGAAUCAAACCUGCCACUAGGAGGAGCGAGCGCGGGCGGAAUUGGGGAAGCCGAGCGAGCGAGGGAGCGAGCGAGUUUUGUUCCCGUUCAUGCUGUCUCUCUCUCUCUCUCUCUCUCUCUCUUCGCGGACUCUCUGCUGCAUCAGAUUCAACAAAGAAAAUUACAUGCUGCUUUCUCUCAAAGCUUUUCUGAAAACAGCCAGGAGCCUUAGCAGAAGUAAAAAAUUGGCCUUGCUGCCGAAGAAGGCACACUGUCACGGUCACACUAGUGUGUUCAGAUUCCUCAAUAAGGGUGCCUUGCCUUGGACUGGACCCUGGUACCACCAAUCUGGCAUCUCCAGCUUUCCCUUUCCAGCAGCUUUGCAUGUUUGCCGUCUGACAUCCUUGUGCACUGCCUCUGAGAUGGCAGAACAGCGGUACUGUGUGGACUAUGCCAAGCGAGGCACUGCUGGCUGCAAAAAGUGCAAAGAGAAGAUCCUCAAGGGGAUGCUGCGCAUUGGAAAAGUGGUGCCCAAUCCCUUCACUGAAUCUGGCGGGGACAUGAAGGAGUGGUAUCAUAUCAAGUGCAUAUUUGAGAAACUGGAGAGGGCUCGAGCCACAACAAAGAAGAUUGAAGAUAUCACAGACCUGGAAGGCUGGGAAGAACUGCAGGAGGCUGAAAAGGAGAUGAUCAAUCAGCACAUCUCAGACCUUUCUUCCAAAACUGCAAACACUCCAAAGAAAAAAGCUAUAAUCCAGACAAAGAUUUCUCCUGGUGGACAAAUAACAUCCCCCAAGAAAAUGCCUCUGGUUUCUUCAAAUCCUUCACCAAGGAAAUUUUCAGGUUUUACAGCAAAGUCAGGCACUUAUGAAGAAACAUCCAGCUCUGGCUCUUCCCACAAGCCCAGCUUGUCCACCGAGAAGAGUGAUCCAAAACACAAAGACUGUUUGCUGCGAGAAUUCAGGAAGCUGUGUGUAAUGGUGGCUGACGAAUCCAGUUACAAUGUCAAAACUCAGAUAAUUCAGGACUUCUUACAGAAGGGAACCAGUGGAGAUGGCUUUCGAGGUGAUCUCUACCUAACCAUCAAGUUACUCUUGCCUGGAGUCAUUAAAAGUGUUUACAAUUUGAAUGACAAGCAGAUUGUCAAGCUCUUCAGUAGGAUAUUCAACUGCAGCCAGGAAGACAUGGUCCGAGACCUUGAGCAGGGUGAUGUUUCAGAAACCGUGCGGAUCUUUUUUGAGCAAAGCAGAUCUUGCCCUCCUGCUGCCAAGAGUCUUUUGACAAUCCAGGAAGUAGAUGAGUUCCUGACACAGCUAUCUAAACUUUCCAAAGAAGAGGAGCAGCAGAACCUACUGCAAGAAAUUGCAUCGAGGUGCACCGCUAAUGACCUGAAGUGCAUUAUUCGAUUGAUUAAACAUGACUUGAAAAUGAAUGCUGGCGCAAAACACAUACUUGAUGCAUUGGACCCCAAUGCUUAUGAGGCUUUCAAAGCAUCCCGUAACCUCCAUGAUGUUGUGGAGAGAGUGCUGAAGAACCAGCAAGAAUCUCAGCCGGGCAUGAAGAAAAUUCUUAGCGUCCAGGCAGCCCUGAUGACCCCAGUUCAGCCCAUGCUGGCUGAAGCUUGCAAAUCGAUUGAGUAUGCCAUGAAAAAGUGUCCCAAUGGCAUGUAUGCAGAGAUUAAGUAUGAUGGAGAGCGUGUCCAGGUGCACAAAAAGGGAGAUCAUUUCUGCUAUUUCAGCCGCAGUCUGAAACCUGUUCUCCCUCACAAGGUGGCUCAUUUUAAGGACUUCAUCCCAAAGGCCUUUCCAGGAGGGCACAGUAUGAUCUUGGAUGCUGAAGUUCUUCUGAUUGACACCAAGAUAGGGAAGCCUCUGCCUUUUGGGACGCUGGGAGUGCAUAAGAAAGCUGCUUUCCAGGAUGCUAAUGUUUGCCUUUUUGUCUUUGACUGCAUCUACUUCAAUGACGUCAGUCUGAUGGACAGGCCUCUGCGUGAGCGUCGCAAAUUUCUCCAUGAUAACAUGGUGGAAAUUCCCAACCGAAUUCUCUUUUCAGAGAUGAAGCAUGUCACAAAAGCUUCGGACCUCGCCGACAUGAUCAACCGAGUCAUCCGGGAAGGGCUGGAGGGAUUAGUGCUGAAAGAUGUGAAGAGUAUUUAUGAACCAGGAAAACGCCACUGGCUCAAAGUGAAGAAGGACUAUCUGAAUGAGGGAGCAAUGGCAGACACAGCAGACCUGGUGGUUUUGGGUGCCUUCUAUGGCCAGGGGAGCAAAGGUGGGAUGAUGUCCAUCUUCCUCAUGGGUUGUUACGAUCCUGACAGCCAGAAGUGGUGCACAGUGACCAAAUGUGCUGGUGGACAUGAUGAUGCCACACUUGCCCGGCUGCAGAAAGAACUGGACAUGGUGAAAAUCAGCAAGGAUCCCAGUAAAAUUCCAGAUUGGUUAAAGAUUAAUAAGAAUUAUUAUCCGGAUUUCAUUGUUCCAGACCCAAAGGCAGCACCCGUCUGGGAGAUCACAGGUGCUGAAUUCUCUAAAGCAGAGGCCCACACUGCUGAUGGGAUCUCAAUCCGCUUCCCCCGGUGUACUCGUAUCCGGGAUGACAAAGAUUGGACUACGUCCACUACCCUCCCACAACUCAGGGAGCUGUACCAGGUAUCUAAAGAAAAAUCGGACUUCUUGGUAGUUGCUGCAGAAGAGGAGAACUCCACAGCGGGCAGCAGCGGAGAGACUGAAGGCCAGCCCAAGUUAUCUUCUCCUCAGAAGGCAGCAAAACAGCAUUCCAGGAAGUCCCCUGCAAAAGCCAAGAAGCCUGAAGCCAGCAAACUAGUAGAUAAAUCUCCACUGAAGAAAACUGAGGGAAAGCGAGCAGAAAAAAGAAAAGCACCUGAGAUGGAGGGGGACAAAAGAAAGAGAAGCUGAAUUGGAGAGCUAGCAGAGCAGUUCUCUCUUGUGCAAAGGAAGGCAGUGAGGACACCAAGCCCUAUUUGAGACCUAGUAACACACUCUCAAAACACCAUCAGAUUUAGCCAUUAAAUGUCUGUAGUAAACCGGACUGUUCUACUCCUAUUCACAAAUUUUAAAAGCUUUUCACUUAAAAAAAAAAAAAGCACAAAAAACCCGGUUGGCUGAUUAAUUUGAAUUUUGGUAGCUUUGCACUCCUGUAUGAGUGUAUCUCCUCACCCCUGCCUAUAGAAACGUUCUCUGGGAUGUGGGAAGAGAGCAAGAAAAGACACUGGAUGCAACCAUUUCACAUUUUAGCAAGCAUCCUGGGAACACAUUUGGAACCUUGAUUGCUAUUGCCAGAAGAGCGGUUCUCCAUCUGAUGAGGGUGAGGGCUGUUUAUUUUUUUCCCUAGUGGCUGUCACAGGCCACCAAUGCAUUACAAAUUGGAUUCUCGUUUACUGUUUCCUUGAACUUGCUUCUCUUGAAGUAAAGCAAGGUUCUUGAAUUAUUCCACUGCUUUUUUAUUCUGUUUCCCAAGUAGCUACAGAACUAAAUUUUGUCAUUAACUGCAUUCACACAUAAAUAUCAUCACCUCAUUAAAAUAAGCUAUUUUCUGGGCUCAGACAGAACAUUUAACCAAAUACGGGUAGUCCUCAAUUUACAACCAUUCGUUUAGUAAUCAUUUGGAGUUACACUGGCAUUGGAAAAAAGUGAAUUAUAACUGUUUUUCACAGAACCAUUGCAGCAUGCCCAUGGUUACAUGAUCAAAAUUCAGAUGCUUGGCUACUGGCAUUUAUCUAUAACAGUUGC